UUAUUGUUCGAGUUAAUCUUUAUUGUUAUGUAUUUCUUCAUUUAAACGUCGAAUUGUUUGAAGUUGCAACACGAGCAGAGUGCUUCAGCAUUUCACGGGCUGCAACCGUGCCAAAUUCCCCAACUAUUGGGAAAGCCACGCAACACUAUCAAAGAAUCUUCUGAUUUCACUUUUUGGUAGACUAAAACGAAUUAUAAAGUUGGCAAUAUGAUGUAAACCUAAGUGACUAAUCCCAGAACUGUUAUUAUUGUCUUACCGACACAGUCCUGAGUCCUUGUGCCCUGGUAUGAGAAUAUAUACGUAGUAUAAUUUGAGUUUAGAAAGAGUUUUGUAUCUAAUACGUUAGUGAAUGUCAAAAUGACAUCUGUGGAUUCAGGAAUCGAAACAAGUAACAAUUCAGACGAUAGUUCGAUCGCUCAAAGUGAAGAUAUGACAAUGGAAGAAAUUAGUAAUGCCAGUUCAGCUCCUACAAUAAUAACCUGCAAUAAUAAUCACAAUGAAAUACAAGAAAUUAAACCCGGCAUUGUUCAUACUAUAUUUAAUCCAAAUUCGUCUGUUUGCUUAUCAAAUAUGCACGAUGGUGUUCAAAAUUCUACACCAGCAAGUAGUUCAAGACCAUAUAUUGGUGUAUCCCCUAAUGUUUUAGAGGUUAAGUUCCCCUUCAAGUGUAAUUCUGUUGGUUCAUCAACAGCUAGAACAUUUUUAGUAAACCAACAUGUUUAUUGUAGCAAAAUAAAAUUGACUAAAGAAAAACGCAGAAACCGUCACUUUGUUUCUCUGGUUGAUGAUUACACUCGUCUUGUUCAACAUAGAAUGAGAAUUGCAGCAGCUACAAAUAACACCAUGGUGAUGAAAAUUCUUUUAGAUUCUAAUGUUUCACCUAACAGUGGUGAUAAACAAGGACGAACUCCUCUUCAUCUUGCCUCUUGCAGGGGUUAUACAGACAUGGUUCGUUUGUUAUUGGAAUAUGGCGCAGAUCCCAAUCUUCGUGAUUCUGUAGGUAAUACACCAUUACAUUUAGCAGCCGUGACAAGCAAAAUAUCUGUAGUUACACUCCUUUUAAAUGCCGGAACGGAUCCCUUAUGCUUAGAUCAAUAUGGUUAUAAUCCAUUACACUUAGCACAAACAAAAUUAAAGUUAUUACAAAACUGUAAAGGGAAGGAUAUGAUGAAGAUCAAAGAUGAAGUGCAAAGCAUAAUUAGUAUGUUGUUGGCAUAUUUACAAAAGUAUAAAGAUACUCACAAAAGUAUGGAAACCUUGACUAGUUUGUGUUCACGUUUAUCUUUAUCAAACACGUCGAAUCAAGUUCAGGAUGAUGUGAAAGAUUUGUUGGCUAAUUUAAAUGCUCUAUCUAUAACAAAGUAAUCACUUAUUCACUUUACCAAACUAAUAGUUUUAUAAAUAAAUUGAUAUAAAACAAAAAAGUGAUUAACAGUAUGCGUUAAAUUUAGUUUGCUCGUAAUGGGUUCAUUUUAAUCAAUUAAUUUACACACUGAAAUUUUUUUUUAAAUUUAUAUAAGUGCGCAAUAUAACGGUAAAGUUUUGAUAUACAGUAGAACAGAGUAGAGCUAUAAUUUGGAAAGUUGUGCGAAUGUUAAUAAAGUAAGGUAUUCGACUUUGACUCAUUGACGAUAAAAAGAAAUAUUUACAUUUUCUUAAAGUCAAACUAUAUUUCGCUCGCUUAUUAUUCUGACUUGAUUCUGUAUGUUUCUAUUGGCUACAAAACAAAUCAAGUUUCGAUAAUUAGCUAAUAGGUAUUUUAUGAAACGUAUUUUAUAAAUUUCAUUUUGGCCUCGGAGUGUUAUACUUUUGUGUGCUAUAUUUUCAUGUUUUUUUAAAUUACUAUUGUUUUGGAUUUAUUGUAUUUACAAAACUUAAUGCGGAUUCCAUACAGUACAAAAAAAUAAAUCUAGGAUAUCACAUCAUUAAA